CGCUCGCAAACUUGCCACACAGUACCUCUGCUUUUGAAUGGUGGGGACCCCACACGACGCCAGCGUUCACAGUAGCAUCCUGGAGGGCGGCUUCGAGGCUUUCGGCCAGGCUCUAGAGUUCGUCGAUGGUUGCAAUGGCGGUGCUGGCGGACCGCUACGGGUUUGUGCUUGCGGGGCUGAGCGCCGAGGAGACCAGGACACGAGGGGCGUCUGCCGCACGGGAGACGACUAUGGCUAAUAGGUGGGCCAAGGCUGACACAAGCUCCUACGACCCAGCCCAGCCCCUGAGCAGCCCAUCCAAGGCGCUCAAGGCGCUGGUGCGGGCAGGUAUCCCGGUAGAGCUGCGCCCAGACCUGUGGCUGCGCUUCUCCGGGGGUGCCGCCAGAAAGGCGGUUGCGCCUCCUCGCCACUACGCCGCCCUGCUGCGCCGCGCGACCGCGGCGGCCCACUCAGGGGCUGUGGAUGCCGCCGAGCUUGGCGCUGAGCUGACUCGGGCCUUCGGCACACACCCGGUGGUGUCCUCCGCCAAGGGCAUGCGCGCAGUGCUGCGCCUGCUGGAAGCGUUCCAGCUGCAGUGCCCGACUGCCGGGGGCUUGGGCCGCGGCAUGGCGUGCGUCGCGGCCUUCACGCUGAUCGUGGUGGGCCCUGAGCGCGAGGAGGACGCCUUCUGGACCCUGGUCGGCCUGGUGGAGGAUCGCCUGCCCCACUCCUGCGUCCUGCAGAACAUCAAGGGCCCGGGAGUGGAGCAGCGAGUGCUGGAUGCGCUGCUGACCAAGCGCUGUCCCAAGGCGAUGGCGCAGCUGGCGCGCACAGAGACCCCCCUGGAGGAAGUGACCGCGCCCUGGUUCCACUCGCUCUUCUGCACCUCGCUGCCUGCCGAGACGGCUGCGCGCAUCUGGGACGUGCUCCUGCUCGAGGGGCCCAAGAUCCUCUUCCGCGUUGGCCUCGCCCUCUUCAAGAUGAACGAGCCGGCGCUGCUGAGCACCAAGCUGAGCGGCCAGGUCGGCCGCUGCCUCAAGUGGCGCAUUGCCCGCUGCUACGACGCCGACGCCCUGCUCAAGGCAGGAUCCCUCCCUCACCUUGAAUCAUCCUUUUUGUCCUGCAUCGCUGCUGUGGCCUUCAGCGGUAUCGGCAGCCUGCCCAUGGCGGUGAUCAAGCGCGCGCGCGCCGAUUACGAGGGUAUCGUGCAGGAGCAGCUCGACGAGCACCGCCGCCGCCUGCAGGCCGUCCUCUCCUCGCCACGACGCCCGGCCGACGGCGGCAGCCCGGCCUCCAGCGAUGCCGGCAGCUCCCCGUCGCACCUGAGCACCAUCCACGAGGAGGCCGAGGAAUCUCUGGAGCCCUUCUCUGCGACCUCCUUCCUGCGCGUGCUGCGCCCCCUGCAGGCCAUCAUUGGAUGAGGGAGAGAAUUUUCCCCUCUGCCGUGGCUGUGUUCGGUGUCAAGAAGAUUUUUUGCAACAGCAUAGGAAUAGGUGUAUUAUUGGUGCCAAUGCCCCGCACUGCCUGAAAGCUGGAAUAGCGUGUGGCAGGUUGGGCAUGUGUUGUAGACUUUGGGACACCACAGCAAUUUUAUAGUAGGUUGCCGUGAAUACUAGUGUUCUUGCUGUCAAUAGGCAUUUUUUAAAAUUGAAAAGUGCUACCUUUCCCAAAUUUGCUGCCAUGGAGGACUGCAAUCUACCAACAAUUUGCGUAUUGUAUGUUUCGUCACUUGAAUUAUUUUUCACCGCAUACCAUUUCUUGGGCCGGAGGGAAUUAAGGGCAUCCUUGUAAUAAGGCGCGCAAUUUU